AUGAAUUCUCCGUUGAGCUGUAAGAAUCUGAGGCUGUUUUCAAAAUCCGUUGCAUGCAAAUGUCUUGCUCUUGUCGCUAUUGCUCUGUUCUACAGAGCUCUGCUUCUCUCUUACGCCCCCGGAAACGCCGCUCUUGACAAAAUCACCUCCUUGAUUCGAGCCCCUUACAUCUCAGAUUCCGGUAGAAUCCGAACCGAUAAGUUUCUCGAGGUUCCUCAGAUCGUAUGGGGACUGAACAAUCAGAAGAUCGCUUUCGCAAGAGCCUGCUUAACGGCGAGGCUGAUGAACAGGACGCUUCUCCUCCCUAGCCUAAGCUCUUCCUUGUUCUACAAGGAAAUCGAUAAGCUCCGUCCGAUUCCGUUCGAUAAAGUGUUUCAGUUCGAAAGAUUCAACUCUCUCUGCUCCGGGUUUGUGAGGCUCGCUCAGUUCUCAGAUGUUAGAAACAGAGCACAAAGGUUUGAUCUUGAGAAAGGUAGUGGAAGAAGAUGGACAGUGGAGAGAGACUUGGAACAGCUCAAGCAAUCCUCUCGCAAUGGAUCCAUCGAUGAGUUUGAAGUGAUCCGUGUCAUUGGUAAAAACCCUUUCUUGUGGCAUGAUCAUUGGCCGGUGAAGGAGUACGCUAAGGUCUUUGAGUGUAUGGUGGUGGUUGAUGAGAUCUCAAGAGAAGCAGAUAAAGUUGUGAUGAAGAUCAGAGAAGCAGGGGCAAAAGCAAAACUUGAACCGGAAUCGAAAACUGGGAUUGAGAGUCCGGUUCCUUUUGUUGCGGUUCACAUGAGGAUAGAGAUAGAUUGGAUGAUACAUUGCAAGAAGCUAGAGCAGAGGAAGAAAGUGUCAGAGAUUUGCAGUAGUAAAAGAGAGAUUUUGGAGAGAGUAGGGAACAUUUCCGGUUUAAAGACUCCGACUUUGCUUUACCUCGCGGUGGCGGAUAGUCUCUUGGAAGAGAAAGAAGAAGAUUCAUCGGUUUUGAGUGGUUGGAGAGAUGGAUUGAUUCCGUUUGAGAAGAAGAAGUUAGGUGUUAAAGAGGAGAUUUACGGAAAGUAUUCGUAUUUGAUUCAGUCGGCGAUAGAUUACGAGGUGUGUUUAAGAGCUGAUGUGUUUGUUGGUAAUAGCUUCUCGACUUUCUCUAGUCUCAUUGUUCUCGAGAGGACGCAGAAGGCGAGGAGGUUAGGGUUUGUGAGUUCUUGUGAAGAUGGUGGUGGUGAGAACGAGUGGAGAUCUUAUGCUUAUAAUCUUGCUGGAGAGUCAAAGAGAGUUCCAAGGAGAUGGAUGACGAAUAUGACUGAUUCGAGCUUGCAAGCUAUUAGCUAUGGCUCUAAUUCUGUUUCUUGUUCAAGUGAAUGA